UGUCGCUGCUGCAUGCACAACUCCUCUGUCGUCCCUCUCCAACCCCCUCAAGUGGGCCCUCUGACACAGCCAGCUUGGGUCCGAUCAGUUUUGCUUUCCGUCCUCGAGUCAGACUUCCUUGCUGGAAGAUAAAUAGUGCGGACAUGGUCUCUGUACACCAGCACCAGAGAGUGAAUCCUGAGACCAGCAGAACCUGAUCUUCGUUUUCAGUUUCAAAGCAUCGAAGUGGGGGAUGGAGGAGAUCAGCCUGUACGGGUACCAGGAGGAGGUAAUACAGCCAGCCCUGGAGGGCAGGAACAUCAUUAUUUGGCUGCCAACAGGAGGAGGAAAGACUCGAGCUGCUGUCUACGUGGCGAAGAGACACCUGGAGUCCAGGUCAGGGGCGAAGGUGGCUGUCCUAGUGAACAAGGUUCACCUGGUGGACCAGCACUUCAACAAGGAGUUCCAGCCCUUCCUCGGGGGGCGAUACAGGGUAGCACCCAUUAGCGGGGACUGUGACCAGAAGGACUUCUUUGGCCGAGUGGUGCAGGACAGCGAUGUGAUCAUCUGCACAGCCCAGAUCCUGGAGAACAGCCUGAGGAGCACUGAGGAGGAUAAACACGUGGAGCUGACCGACUUCACCUUGCUGAUCAUCGAUGAGUGCCACCACACCCACAAGGACAAUGUCUACAACAAGAUCAUGCAGCGCUACGUGCAGGCCAAGCCGAAAAGUGGCUUACCCCAGGUCCUGGGACUAACUGCCUCUCCUGGGACAGGGGGAGCCAAAACCUUCCAGGGGGCAAAGGAGCACGUCCUGCAGAUCUGUGCCAACCUGGACGCCUCGGCCAUCGUGUCUCCCCAGGAGAACUCUGAGGAGCUGCAGAGGAAGGUCCCCAAGCCAGUGAAGAAGUAUGACAUCGUCAACCAGAGACCGAAGGACCCCUUUGGGGACCACCUGAAGUCGAUGAUGAGUAAGAUACAUGAGUUCAGCGCAGUGGAAAAUCUCAGGAGUGAUUUUGGCUCACAGGAGUAUGAGGCUGAUGUGGUUCAGCUUGAGAAACAAGCUGCGGUGGAGGGGAACAGGAAGCUGGCUCAGUGCGCUCUCCACCUGCGUCAGUACAACGACGCGCUGCUCAUCAACGACACGGUGCGCAUGGCUGACGCAUUCCGGCUGCUCAGGGACUUCUACAGCAGAGAGGCGGAGAAGCGCGUCGGGCUGGAUGACACCGACCACUUCCUGUUCGAUCUGUUCCAGGUGAACGAAGCUGAACUGCAGGCGCUGGCGGCUCUGACGCAGUUUGAGAAUCCCAAGCUGGGGCAGCUGCAGAAGACCCUGCUGGAGCAGUUUGUGGGGCAGAAUAAGUCCCGUGGGAUUCUCUUCUCCAAGACCCGCGUCAGCACCCACUGCCUGUUUGACUGGGUCUCCGACAACCGCCCCAUGCAGGAUGCCGGCAUUAAGGCUGCCAUAUUGACCGGAGCCAGCAACCAGGCCAGUCACAUGACACAGAAAGAUCAGAAGCAGACCAUUCGACAGUUCCGUGAGGGUGCCUUGAAUCUCCUCAUCUCCACCAGUGUGGCUGAGGAGGGCCUGGACAUCCCAGAGUGCAACCUGGUGGUGCGUUACGGGCUGCUGACCAAUGAGAUCGCCAUGCAGCAGGCCAGCGGGCGCGCCCGGGCAGAGGACAGCGUGUACUCCGUGGUGGCGCGGGCAGGUGGUCAGGAGGUGCGGAGGGAGCGCACUAAUGAGUACCUGGAGGAGCUGAGCAGGAGGGCCAUCGCAGAGAUCCAGAGUAUGGAGCAGCUCGCCUUCCAGCAACAGGUUGCGGAACUGCAGAGGCAAAGUGUGAUUUCUCUGCGGCUGGCGGAGCUUCAGCUGACGGAAAGGCAAAACCGCUGCCUAGCAUCUGAUGUCCGACUCCAUUGCCGGCUCUGCAACACCCCAGUUGCCCAGGGCAAUGACAUGCAACUGAUUAAUGGCUCACAAUAUGUCAACAUCAACCCUAACUUUGAGGUUUACUACAAAGCAGGAGCGAAGGUGGAGCUUGACAGGACGUUUGAAGACUGGGAGCCCGGGCGUGAGAUCAGCUGUGCCAACUGUGGCAAGGAAUGGGGGAUGGAGAUGAUCUACAAGGAGGUGACUCUGCCCAACCUGGGUAUUAAAAACUUUGUCCUGGACAGCCUGGGCCACAGACAGUCUGUCAAGAAAUGGAAGGAUGUCCCAUUUUGCGUUGAGGACUUCAAAUACACAGACUAUGUCCUUAAAAAGUUCCCUGAUCUGCUCUGAGGACACACGUGCCCUUUUCUCCCAUAGAUACAGGGCUGUUAACACUCUCACUUCUUCACUGGACCAGCCCCUGAGAGACCAAUCAAACACAGUAUGUGAUUACCCCCACUUUCACUCCUAUCUCAUUCUCCUAAUGCAGUGGUGUCAAACUCGUGCCAUGGAGGGCCGUGUGUAUGCAGCCUCAGAUCUUGAUUAUAUAAUUA